AAAAGACUAUUCAGCUGCAGCUCCUGUCGCGUUGAAUGGAGAAGGGGCACCCCGAGGUGGACUGACGGCAGCCGCACACUGGGUCGGAAUCCGCAGUCGGAAGGACUCACCAGAAGUUCUAGCGUUUGUCCCCGAGACGCAUUUUCGAGUCGAACUUUAAAGUCCCGCAUGUUUGAAGAAACUAAUUUAUAUUCGGAAUCGUUUUUGGAUCUGGUAAGACAAGUUAAAUACGACUUAUAAAAAAACGAACUAAGAAGAGGAACGAAUCUAUCAACGAUUAUUAUUAGGAAACAGCGUCAUAUUGCGGAUUUAAUUCGUGCAUUUUAUUUUGAAAAUAUUAAUUUAGUAUUUGCAAUUCUUUCUUCUUUUGUCGACGUCUUCUUCGGGGAUAAUAUUAUUCUCUAAAGCCGGUGAUCGUCGCGCUGGCCCUAACGGCGCGCUUCUCUCCCCGCUUGACCAAUCCGGUAAUUGAGGUUUUCCUCGGGAAAAUGAUGCGGGUGCCUAAAGGCGUCUCUCCGGCUUCGGUUCGGCCAGCAGUGGCGCUCGCCUCCCAGCAGAAAAUGAAGGUUUUGUCGUCCGGAGGAGUGAAGAGCGACUUCUUCAGCACCGGACUGUCCAGCCCGCCCAUGCACGCGGUACCGAUCGGGUAUUUCACCCAGAUCGGUAACACGGCUGCGGCCGAACAAAGAGCCAACAGCCUGUAUUCAACCCCCCACGGCCCCGAGGCUAAACCCAUCAGAUCAUCCUCCGGGCGGCUGCCGGCUAAAAGGAAGCUGGACCUGGAAGACCCUGAGUGCCUUACAGAGUUUCGGACCCCCAAAGACAAAGGCAUUACUGCAGCAAGGAUACCAAGUCCAAGGACGCCAAAGUCUCCGGGCGAGCGGACGCGGUACGACACCUCACUGGGCCUGCUGACCAAAAAAUUUGUGGGUUUGAUCGCCGAGUCCCCUGAUGGAGUUCUUGACCUGAACUGGGCUACCGAAGUUCUGGAAGUGCAGAAGAGACGCAUCUAUGACAUCACUAACGUCCUGGAGGGAGUCCAGCUCAUUCGAAAGAAGUCCAAAAACAACAUCCAGUGGCUAGUGGGAGAUGUAUUUCGAGGCGGGGCCAGUGGGGGAGAGAAGGCUUGCUCCUUGAGGAGAGAGCUGGUGGACCUGGACAGAGCAGAGAGAUCCCUGGAUGACCUGAUACAGUCGAGCACCACCAAGCUCAAACAGCUCACAGAGUACAAAGACAGUCAGAGGCUGGGCUACGUGACGUACCAGGACAUCCGCUCCAUUGCCAGUCUCAGAGACCAGACGGUUAUAGCUGUGAAAGCUCCAGCUGAAACCAAGCUGGAGGUGCCAGAAACGGCAGCGCAGGGCUCAUUGCAGAUCUAUUUAAAGAGUAAAAAUGGGCCCAUAGAGGUCUACCUAUGUCCUGAGGAGGGUCUUGAAGAUCCCAGCCCGGUUAAAAGCAUCCUCAACCCGAGUAAGGCAUCUCCUCACAGCCUCGGCCAACCGGGUGCAGCCCCAGCAGAACCUCUGAGCUGCAGUAUUAAAAAGGAGCCUGAUGACUCUAGUGAAUCCGCACCAGCCACGACCUCAGCCGCCACCUCCCUCCUGGAUGUCGAGGGUCUGCUGGGUUUGCCUCCCAGCCUCCUCCAGAUCACUGAGGACCAACUUCCCGGCACUUCCUUCACCUCUGAUGCAAACACCCCAUUUGUCAGUUUCUCCCCACCUUUGGACCAUGACGAUUACCUCUGGAGCCUUGAGGAUGGCGAGGGCGUCUCUGAUUUCUUUGACUCUUAUGAUCUUGGUGACUUGUUGAGGAGCUGAGGGAAAAAACAGAAGAAUAUGGGAUAUUUAAAUGAAUCACACUAUUAAGCCAUCGCAUUUUUUUUUUUUUUUUUAUUCCUGUGGGAGCAUCCCCCCCAUUCUUUUGUUAAAGUUCUUCAUGAAAAAUCAUUUGUACAUACUGUAAAGAUGAUUUGACUUAUAGAGCGCUUACAUGGAGUUUGAGCUAUAUUUCAUAAAAAUUAAAAAAGCAGGGGUUGGUGGUAUACUACAAAAGUGAAAGAUAAGAAAAAAGAAUUUCUGUGCAUGUGGUAUUAAACAAAAAAGGAUAUGAGGCAUUCAUAUGGACAACUCAGGAUUUUUCCAGUUGGUGUUUUGCUAAUAAUGGCCUGUAGGGGGCAGCCUUGUAUAAUGUCAGCUUUAAUUUAAAUGGAGCUUUACAGGCUUGAAAACACUGGAUGAGAGUAAGCUAAAGCCAUAAGGAACCACACAAAGAGUGAAAAAGUUGUAGGAAAGCUGUGAACGAACUCUUUCAGCUACAGUUGUGCGGAUUCUGUGCGUGUAUUUUUGAAUCACACUGUAAAAAGUGACUUCUUUGAAGGUACUCAUGUUGCUUCUGUCGGGUGAGAUUUACUCUCCACUGCCUUAUGCUCCAUAUUAAGCCAUGUGUCUGUUUGGUGCUGCAUUUUGUGCCAAAAACAAAACAAAAACAAAGAUCCAAAGCCAGAGGAUGGAUAAUAGCUUCUCUCUGAACAAUCAAAGAGGAUCUCUCUUUCUCGCUAGUUUCCCAAGGCUGUUUUUUUUUGUGCCAAUCUUGCUCCCCUGUUGAUGCAAAUUUAAUAGGUUUUAUAUGUUCUAGUAGGAAAAAGCUACUAUUGUAAUUCUUAGGAAGAAGAGAAAAAAACACAGGUAAUGAAAUGCAGCAUUUGUGCUGCAGCUACUUACGAAAGCUGUUGAUUUAGCAGCAAUUUUUCAUGAGAAAAAAAAAUAAGUUCUUUUGUUUAGGAAAUAGUUAAACAUUGAAGAAUUUGUGUCUUUGUUUUUCAGGUUUUCAAGCCUCUUGUUUCCCUCAUGUUGUGGAGUAAUGCUUAUGAACAAAAGGCACAAAGUCAAUGACUUUAUCUGUUAAAUGUAUUGAGAAGUGUUCUAGAGAUUUGAAUUUUUUUAUGCUAUUUUUUUAUUGUAUUUGGCUUUCCCUCUACAAUUUGGAGAUAAGCUGACUGUCCUGUCCUAACAAAACUUGAAUAUGAGUGUGUGUUGUUGGGUACCGAGGUGUGCUUGUGCGUGUGUGGGUUUUUACCUUGUAGAAUAGAGAAUGUGAACUCAGAAUUUGUAGGGCUUUUACGUUUAAACUAGUUUUUGUUUUUGGUAUUUGUACAGAAAUUGCUUUGUAUUUAUGCCUAUUUUUCAGAAAAAAUUUGGAUUAUUUUUUAAUGACUUGCAGCACUUACUAUUUGGUAAUUUUGUGUGGCCAGUUUGAAGUUGUUAAAUAAAUACUGAAGCCAGUGCUUACACCUGGAA